AUGGCUGAAUUUUUGCAAGAUGUUAAAAGCCUUGCAGACGAGCUUGCUCUCAUUGAUCAUCCCAUACCACAAGAUGAUCUCACCUUAUAUAUUCUUGAUGGCUUGGGCGAGGACUAUACUGGUAUCGUUGGUUCCAUUCGAACCCGAGAAACCCCCUUCUGUUUUGAAGAACUCAAGGACAUUCUUGUAGCCCAAGAGGGGUUCAUAUCCCGACUUACAUCGGCUGCACCUCUCUCCUUCACCACAGCCAACUAUCAUUAUAAACAGCCUGGUGCCAACCAUCCACCAUCCCAAGGCAGAGGAAAUGGACCUCCACGGUCAAACUGGAACUCCAACAGAUCAAAUCAAAACUGGAACAACAACAGGUCAUCCUCCUCUGGUGGCCGUGGUCGUGGUUAUAAUAGGGUGGUCUGUCAACUUUGUGACAAACCUGGUCAUCCCGCUAACAAAUGCUGA